AUGCUCACUAGCACCAGCAUUCAUUGGCAUGGAUUUUUCCAAGCAGGCAGCAGUUGGGCAGAUGGGCCUGUCGGAGUUACACAAUGCCCUAUAACGCCUAACCAUUCCUUCCUUUACCAGUUUUCUACCGCUAAUCAGGCGGGAACCUUUUGGUAUCACUCUCACUACUCGACACAAUACUGUGAUGGCCUUCGUGGAGCUAUGGUAGUAUAUGACCUUAGAAAUGAGCCACAUAGGUCGCUCUAUGAUUUUGACGAUGAGUCUACUAUCAUUACCCUGGCAGACUGGUAUCAUACCCCUGCGCCCAUUGCUGGUUUAGUCCCUACGCCUGACGCCACCUUGAUCAACGGAAAAGGCCGCUAUGCUGGCGGUCCCACCGUUCCUCUCUCGGUGAUCAGGGUUCUUCCCGGUGUCCGAUAUCGAUUCCGCUUGGUGUCACUCUCUUGCGACCCCAACUAUACUUUCUCUAUUGAUGGUCAUUCUUUGACUAUCAUUGAGGUCGAUUCAGAAAGUGUCCAACCCCUGGUGGUAGAUGAGAUCCAGAUUUUCGCCGGCCAGCGUUAUUCCUUCAUUUUGCGCACUAACCAACCAAUCAAUAAUUACUGGAUUCGUGCAAACCCAAAUAUCGGUACUCAGGGCUUUGCUGGUGGUCUAAACUCUGCUAUUCUCCGCUAUUGGGGGGCGCCUAACAUUGACCCGACCACAACUUCAUCCGUCAGUGCACCAUUGGUCGAAACAAACCUUCAUCCAUACAGCAACCCCGCUGCACCCGGAGUUCCCACCGUUGGUGCUGCUGACGUUAACCUCAACCUCAACAUCGUCUUCGACUUUGCAUCUCUGAAGUUCCAGGUCAAUGGCGCUCCCUUCUCAGAAGCCACCGUGCCCGUUUUGCUCCAAAUUCUCAGCGGUGCUACCACUCCUGGAAGUCUUCUUCCGGCGGGCUCUGUUUACGAGCUCCCUCCUAAUAAGGUCAUUGAAAUCUCCAUGCCAGGAGGAUCGAUCGGUAGUCCGCAUCCCAUUCAUUUACACGGACACAACUUUGCGGUAGUGCGAAGCGCUGGAAGCUCUGUGUAUAACUACGCUAAUCCUGUCAGACGUGACGUUGUCAGUCUCGGCUCCUCGACAAAUGACAAUGUCACGAUCCGGUUCCAGACUGAUAACAGCGGCCCAUGGAUUAUGCACUGCCACAUCGAUUGGCAUCUUGAGAUAGGGCUCGCAGUGGUCUUUGCAGAGGAUAUCCCCGGGAUUGCAGCUAGCAGCCAGCCAGCUGCCUGGGAUCAACUAUGCCCAGCGUUUGAGGCAAACCAUUAG